AUGGCUGCCUUGGCCAAGCACAAACCUCAGUUCAAAGACUAUCCGGAGCCCAAGAAAGGGCCUGACGUCCCUCCAACAUACGACCGCAAGUCCAAUCCGGGUCUUCGUGGACUGGACUGGGUCUGGUUCCUGCCCCAGAUCGUCUGGUUUAAUGCCGGGUUUGGGAUGCUCCGUAAAAUCAAAGAGCAUUUGGACUAUGUCGAGCCCCGAUAUGAUCCCACGGUUAUUCCGCUGGGUUCCGGGAAUCUACUCGAAAGCGAAGAUGCAGUCGCGUCCACGGAACUCCCGGCCCAACCCUAUCCUAAUCACAAGACUAAGUAUUAUUCGGUCGCGGACUAUCAUGCGCUGUACCUGUCGGGCGAAUUGACGCCUCUCGCCGUCGCGAAGGCGAUCCUCCCGCUGAUCCGGCGCGAUAUGGCCAACCAGGGUAAACAUGCGGUGGCUUUCUUCGACAGUCGUGUGGACUUUGUGCUCGAGGCAGCGAAAGCGUCCACUCAGCGGUACCAGGAGAAGCGCCCUUUGGGAAUUUUCGACGGGGUCCCUACUGCAGUAAAGGGCGAGUUCGAUGUUGACGGGUACAAGACUCAUCUUGGCUCUUUGAACGACUACACACCGGAACCUACCGAGGAGGACCCCUCCAUCACGAACUGGUGUGUACGCCAGCUGCAAGAUGCGGGUGCCAUCAUGCUUGGGAAGCUGUCUAUGCAUGAAUUUGGAUUAGAUACUACCGGCAAUAACAUCCACUACGGAACACCACCCAACCCGUAUCAUCCCGAUUACUACACCGGGGGAAGCUCCUCGGGAUGCGCGUACGCAGUCAGCACGGGACUCGUCCCCAUUGCCCUGGGUACCGAUGGAGGCGGGAGUGUGCGGAUCCCGGCUUCGCUCUGCUCUGUUGCAGGACUCAAACCCACCCAUAACCGCCUGUCGCACUAUCCUGGAGUCAACUUUGCCAGCACCACCAGCGUCAUUGGACCCCUGGCUGCGGAUAUCCGCUCCCUUGCCGAAGCGUACAAACUGGUUGCUACCCCCGGCCCCGAUACCCUCUUUCCACCGCCCGGGCCUAUCGUUCUCUCACCCUCAGCCAAGGGGAAGAUCCUAGGCGUGCCGGAGGUUUGGUUCUCGCGUGCGGAUCCCUCAGUGCAGCGUCUGUGUCGGUCCCUUUUGGACAAGCUAGUCACCGUAUAUGACUACACCCUCGUACCGAUCGACAUCCCGUUCCUCGUGGAGGGCCAAACGGCACACGCAAUGACGAUCCUCACUGACGCCUCGGCCGCGCUGACCGACACGACAAAUAUCACAGCCGCAAACCGUAUCCUCCUCACUCUCGGCCGCACAACCCCCGCCAUCGACUACGUGCUCGCGCAGAAACUGCGCCAGCUUCUCAUGCAGCACCUGUCCGCGCUCUGGAAAGACUUCCCCGGCAUGAUCAUUGUCACCCCGACGACGGCGUGUGCGGGAUGGCGCGUCGAGUCCAAGUCGGAGUACAAGUACGGAUUUAGCGACGGGGAUAAGACUAUCAAAUGUAUGGAAUACGUUUGGCUGGCGAAUUUCACUGGUAUUCCCGCGAUCAGCGUUCCCGCUGGAUACGCGGAGCCGCAGGAUGAGCCGGGCAACGGCAAGGUCCCUGUCGGGUUGAUGGGCAACGGCGAAUGGGGCAGCGAAGAAGCCCUGCUGCAAUGGGGUCUGCAUGUAGAGGAGGUCGGAUCGGAUCUGCAAGAUCGACCUCCGACUUGGGAGGAUAUCGUCCAGAGAGCCAAGGCGAUCGUGGACCAAGGAGUUGCCAGCGAGUAG